AUGGUCCAAGACGAGUUCUUUAAAAAACAAUCAAAACAUGCCGAACCAACUGGUGAGCCGCCAGCCAAAAAGUUCUGUGUUAAGCUUGGAGGACAACAGAAGUUCUCCAUCGCCUUCAAUGGAUCUAAGAAUGGUCCUUCAGCAAAGAAUGGAGCUUCUGAACCAUCAUCUGAAGCUGAGAAGCCAAAAACUGUCAAACGAGUAGCUCCACAAGACAACCUCUCUGCUCAAGUUUAUCCAAGACAAUUCAGACUCUUCUGA